GUUAGGAAAUAUAAUGCUCAACAAACUUGUCCUAUUACAGAUAGAGAGUAUGCAAGACGUCAGGGGAUAACUGACGUUGUAGCUGUCUUGAUAAUGGAGAAGUAUAUUGAUCCAUCUACGGUAUACACUUCAAAGGAUAUAGCUACUGAUAUGUUGAAAUUGCAUGGCGUUUCGCUAACAUACAUACAUGCAUGGGGAGCUAGAGAAAAAACAAUAAAAUUGGUGCACGGAGAUCCAGCCGAAUCGUAUGCCAAAUUACCAGGUUAUCUAUACAUUUUGGAGCAAACAUAUCCUGGAUCUGUUUUGAAAAUAAAAAGGAAAGAAUGUGAUAAAUUCUUCUACGCAUUUCUGGCAUCAGAAACUUGUAUUAGAGGCUGUGAGUAUUGUAGGUCAAUUGUAGUUGUUUGAUGGGGCGAGAUUAAAAUGUUCAUAUGGUGGUACAAUGUUAACUGCCGGUACAAUGGAUCCGGAAGGUAUUUUUUGAUCCCAUUUAAU